CCCCGCGGUGCCCGCUGGACCGGGGGCGUGGGGGGGGGGGAGGUGUUUGGGUUCUCUCCGUCCCCCGGCUGCCACCACUUCCGCUUCCCCCACGUGACACGAGGACGCGUUGACGCCACCGGGUCGCGCUUGACGUGACCCGCACCCGGAACCGCGGUCCGACCGCCGGUACCGCCCCCGGUGCCGCUCCCGUCAUGUGAAGCGGCGGGACGGGUUCCCCCAGGCCGCCAUGGAGCCCACGGCCUCGCAUGUGUUCUGCGGCCGGGUCCUGGGCAUGGUGAACGCCGAGGACGUCAACGCCAUCAUCCUGGCCCAAAAAAACAUGUUGGACCGGUUCGAGAAGACCAACGAGAUGCUCCUCAACUUCAACAACCUCUCCAGCCUCCGCAUGCAGCAGAUGAACGAGAGGUUCCUGCACCACACCAAGACCCUGGUGGAGAUGAAAAAGGACCUGGACAGCAUCUUCCGGAGGAUCCGGACACUGAAGGGGAAGUUGGCCAAGCAGUACCCGGAGGCAUUCAGCAACAUCCACGAAUCUCCCAUCCUGGAGGAUGAUGAUGACUUCGAGCCCCUUCCCAGGAGCAGCCCCCCCACGCCCCCCACCUCCGAGCAGAGCACGGGCUCCUGUGACACCACCAGCCCCGACCUCACCUCUCCUCCCUCCAGCCAGGACUUUGAGGAUUUAUCCCAAGGCCGGGAGGAAUUCCCAGCCCUCAAUGGACAAUCCCUGACAGAUGAAGACACAGGAACCGACCUGGGAUAAGCAGGAGAAUCCCUGGGGAUUUUUCCCCCAUUCCCUGGGGAUUUUUCCCCCAUUCCCUGGGGAUUUUUCCCCCAUUCCCUGGGGAUUCCUCCUCAGUUCCCUGGGGAUUCCUCCUCAAUUCCCUGGGGAUUUUUCCCCCAUUCCCUGGGGAUUUUUCCCCCAUUCCCUGAGGAUUCCUCCUCAAUUCCCUGGGAAUUCCUCCUCAGUUCCCUGGGGAUUUUUUUCCCCCAUUCCCUAAGGAUUUUUCCCCCAUUCCCUGGGGAUUCCUCCUCAGUUCCCUGGGGAUUUUUUCCCCCCUUCCCUGAGGAUUUUUUUCCCC